AAUGCUGUUUUUUUAAUUUCUAUUUUCUCAAGACCAUAAAGUGAAUGCUGCUUUUCAUCUGUCUACAUUAUUGGUUUGGAGGUACCAAGUAAGAAACUAAUAUAUAUGAUGCUGGAAAAUUUUAAACACAAACUGCUAAUGAAUGAAAGGCUUAAAACAGAUAUAUUUUUGAAGUUACCAGAAAAAUGACUGUGAAAACAGGGAUCAAGAAGACUGAUGGAAAACCACUUAGGAGGGAACCAUAGAAGAUGUACACUUCAGAAGAGAAAUGUAACCAGAGAACUCAAAAAAGGAAAAUAUACCAUGUGUGCCCUCAGAAGGGGAAAAAGAUUUAUAUUCAUGUGCAUGAAAUUACUCAAAUAGAUAAUCAAAUAUAUCAGUGCCUUGAACGUGAACAAAACUUCUGUGAAAACUUAGCACGAAUGUGUGAGAGAACAUACACUGGGGAGAAACCUUAUAGAUGUGAUAUGUGUGAGAAAACCUUCAUCCAAAGUUCAGAUCUUAUUUCCCACCAGAGGAUCCAUAAUUAUGAGAAACCUUAUAAGUGUAGCAAAUGUGAGAAGAGCUUUUGGCACCACUUAGCCCUUUCAGGACACCAGAGAACACAUGCAGGUAAAAAGUUUUAUACCUGUGAUAUCUGUGGCAAGAAUUUUGGUCAGAGCUCUGAUCUGCUUGUCCACCAGCGAAGCCAUACAGGUGAAAAACCUUAUCUGUGUAAUGAGUGUGAUAAAUGCUUCAGUCGAAGUACAAAUCUCAUAAGGCACCGAAGAACUCACACAGGUGAGAAACCAUUUAAGUGUCUGGAAUGUGAAAAAGCUUUUAGUGGGAAAUCAGAUCUUAUUAGCCACCAAAGGACUCAUACCGGUGAAAGGCCCUACAAAUGCAAUAAGUGUGAGAAAAGUUACCGACACCGGUCUGCCUUCAUUGUGCAUAAAAGAGUUCAUACUGGGGAGAAGCCGUAUAAGUGUGGUGCCUGUGAGAAGUGCUUUGGCCAGAAAUCAGACCUUAUUGUACACCAGAGAGUCCAUACAGGUGAGAAACCAUAUAAAUGCUUGGAGUGUAUGAGAAGUUUUACUCGGAGUGCCAACCUAAUUAGGCACCAGGCAACUCACACUCAUACUUUCAAAUGCCUUGAAUAUGAGAAAGGUUUCAACUGUAGCUCAGACUUUAUUGUACAUCAGAGAAUUCAUAUGGAAGAAAAACCACAUCAAUGGUCUAUGUGUGAGAGUGACUUUCUCCUAGGUAUGGACUUCGUUGCCCAGCAGAAAAUGAGGACUCAAACAGAGGAGCUCCAUUAUAAAUAUAGUGUAUGUGAUAAAAGCUUUCAUCAUAGCUCAGCCCUUCUUCAGCAUCAGACAGUGCAUACUGAUGAUGAAUACAUCAGUGAUAUGAGUGAAAAAGGACUUGAUCUCAGCUCUCACACAUCAGAAACCUCACGGAUGUCUUGACAAGAAGUCACAUAACCUUAAAAAUAUAUUUACAUAUCAGAAUUCAAUAAAAGAAAAACUCCUAGGUAAAUUCAAGAUUUCUCUUAGAUCUCAGACUUCAUUGGAGUCCAGAGAAAGAGUCUAUAGUCUUGGGACUGUAAGGAAAGCUUUAAUGCAGAGAGUGGCCCUGUCAGGUCACCUUUAUUAGCCACACUUGUGCAGAACUCCACAAAUGCUCUGGGUUUUGGAAAACCUUCCUCAAGAUUCAUACAGGUAGGAAGCCUUACAAUGCAGUAUGAGAGCUCUCCAGCAGUGUUAAGUCCUAAUUUUUACAAGACAAUUCACACCAGAGAACGACCAUAUAAAUGUUUUGUAUUGGCAGUAUUUCAGACAGUAUGUACACCUUAGUGGAUAUCAGAAAAUUCACCUGGGGAGAAGCCCCAGACGUUACAAGAGAAAGCUUCUAACAGAACUCUGACUUUCUUAACCCCUCAGAGAAGUGAUACUGGGGUAAAUGGAUAUUUUAAUGUGGCAAAAACAUGUUGGAGAGUCAUACUUGGGUUUUCAUCCUCCUAGACAAAAAUCAGAGGAACAAUAAGUAUCUGAAUGAAGAAUUUUUAGCUCUUGGGACACAUCAGGGAACUCAUAUUAGUGAAAACCCAUAAAUGCAUUGUGUCUGAGGAGCUAGAAAGAAGCUCUUACCAAGUUGGGCCCCAGAAAACGAGUUCUGCCGAGGAGUUGUUCCAGUAAGAGAUCUAAUUGUGUGAGAAUCUGUAUAUAUGCUGUGUAUGCAAAGAGCUGUUUUCAUAGUUGAAACACAUUGUG